AAGUGAAGUCCUAGAGAGGACCGUCGUUUCGUUUCAAAUUUGUGUAGAAAUUGCUGGGUUUUUCUCCCUAGAUCUGUACCGCGUUCACAUACAGCCCUAACGUGAAUGUCGACACGUAGAAGUUCAAAAGUUCGUGGCACUUUUAUGCAGUUCAGCGAUCAAUAACACUUUUCUCCGUACACGCCUCUUUCACUACCGGUGUGUUACAACUUCGGGAAUUUACGUACACGUACGAGAACUCAGUCUGCGUGUUCAGGAGCCCAAAAGAAGGGGCAAUAGUUUGUGGCGGCGAAGAUACUUUGCUGCAAGGCUAACACGACGGCUGUAGCAAAGAGAUUAAACUCGAGGAUCGAAGAAGUACUAUAGAUGCCAGACUUACUUUCGAGGGGCCUUGGAGUUUGUUGUGUUUGCGAGAAGACAAACAAAAUGUUCCAGUUAAUCGGUUCACGGUGCCUUCCUUCUCAACACGGCGUGGCGCGUCGACAGGUUACCAGUGGAGGUGACGACCGCCAGAUAUGGAGGAUGCCGCAUUGCUGUUGUCAUGGUAACCGUGACGUCGCGUUUGGCAACCAAUCGAGUUUCGCUCUGAGGCCACUGUUUCGGAAAGCAGGCGCGCGGCGGCCCGUGGCUUCAUAGGCUGGGGUAUGACACCGCGUCGGGUUGUGGGGCGAGCGUACGCCGUGCAACAUCCGGGCGAAGUAGAAUCGUACGUAGCUCCAGCGGCAAUGGUGGACUUUUUGAACUCUGCACCCAAAGAUGGGAACGACGGUCAUCUCCGACACAUCAUGGGGAAGACUCAAGGUAUUCUCAGAUCAAGAUUUUUAUCUGUGAUUGAGGGCAGCAAUGAUCUCAUCACAGGGCUGUCAUCCAAAUUAGAGUCUGCACUCAGCCUCAGCACAGACUCCGCUUCACAGGACAGCGCAGUACCAACAAGUAAUGUAGAGCUGGACCAUUGCAGUCAAGCGGCCCCUGAAGUCUUUACUCGGAAACUGUGGUUCCCGCAGUUUGGCUCGGGACUCUCUUUUGAAGACUACACUGCUAUUGCGAGGCAUAAAAAGGAGAAGGAACUUUCAAAGGAAGAUAUAUUUGGGUCAAGAAAUGGUGGAAACGGACUAAAAGUAGAUGACGCAAAACCCAGAGAAGAUCAUUCAUGUGCGUCAAGUGAAAGCAAUAAUGAUAUUUCAAGCAAGUUCAACCAGACAGUCGAAUUGAGGGCGACAGGUCCUGACCCUUACGAUAAACUUCGAUAUAAGUCAGAGGCUCCGAGCAGUGGCUCGGCGAGCGACGGAGAUGGGUACGGUCCUAGCACAAGUCUUGACUUAUCUGAUCAUGAUGGAAAGAAAUACUGGGUCAGAUCUGGAUCGGAGGGCUCAGUCCAGUCAUGGGCAUCGAGUUUAAGUUUUGACAGUCUGUCCGAUGAGAUGACGGCAGAAGCAGUGGAGUUCAUGAGGAAGUUUGUUGGAGAUAUGUUCAAAGACAGCUCAGCUAUACCAUUGGAUCAGAAAUCUAAAUUUGGGCAGCUUGUUCAGCAUGAGGCUGGCAGACUGUGGUUUGCAAGGUUUGUGAAUGCUCAACGUGUCCAGAACAAGAAGGUUGAUGAAUCAACAUUCUACAGUCUUGUGCAGUAUUUUGCCAUUGUAUUAUUUGAAUGUGCUGAUGCCGAUGACUUCUCACCCGCUAAGUCUCUCAUGAACAUGUGCUUCACGUUCUACCAUGAAGUGGAUGUGCCAGGCUGUGAGCCCUAUAAGGAGUACUUGUACACGUACCUGAAAGACCAAACAAUUUGGCAAAGUCUGCGAUUCUGGAAUGCAGCUUUCUUCGAUGCACUGCAGUGUGAACGGGUUCACAGACCUGUUGUAACACGUGAGGACAUUCAGCAUAAUAGCCUAGAGGCCAUCACCGAUGAGAAGCAAUAUCAAGAAAACAUUACCUUUGGUCAAUUAGGGACAUUCACAUGCAACAUGCAUGCAUUUGGUCUCAGCAAGGAACUUUGUGCAGAGUUUCUCAGGAAGCAGUGCGUCAUUGCCAGUUUAAGAGAAGAUCAAGAAAAAAUGUUGAAAGACAACAUAGAACGGAUGUACAGAGAGACAGAUCCUUGGCGAUAACUUGUGGUUGUCCGCCGUUAGUGAAUGGAAGGCAUAAACUGGAAGGUACAUUAUCCGAUGAUAGAGGUUAUUUAUUAUUUUAAUAUUCAAACAUAUGGUGGCUUUAAUUAUGAUUGGGCAUUUCAUAACUGAUUUUUUUUAGUCUUCCAAUAUGUAAUGUAUAGAAUGUAUAGAAAUGUUAUAUAAGAGAUUGGUUCCUAGCUAAAUUCUAUGUAUAAGUACUUUAUACAAAAGUGUUUCCUACAUUUAUAUGCUUACGGUACUUCAUGUAGUCCAGUGGUCCCCAACCUUUUUCUGUGCCUACGGGCACAUUUGAGAGUUUAUGAGAUCGUAGUGGGCACCAACCAGUUAACAAAGCCAAAUUUUCUUUUCUCUGGACAAAUAAGAUAUGGGCACCAAA